AGGUACCUACCUACAUUGAGUUUUCGUCUCAAAUUCCUCUAUGAACAUUGAACGCACAUCUUGUGAUUGUAAUGAGAUAAAUGUUGCACUGUGCUCUAAUGAACUAAUGUUAUGUUGAAAUGAUAUUAAUUAGUGUUUAAGUAUGAUUUUAAGCGACAAAAUGUAUCGGAAAAUUUUGUGGUGUUACGUAUUUUUAUUGACAUCGCUGGAUAUAUCCCUAAACUCAAAGCUGACGGCACAGGGAAAGAGCCAUGGUACAUCAGUUCAGGAUUCUCUCACAGACGGCAUUGCAUUUCAAGAAUGGGGGGCAGACUCAAUCUCAGUGGAGAGCAACAAGAGCGCCGGCGAGAGCGUCGAGGGCGUGGCCCUCUGGCCGCCGGCGCUCCGCUUCGGGCGCUCCGCCCUCGCCGAGCCGCACACUCGUCUAGUCACAUUGACCAAUAUGGCCAAUACUACGCUACAUUUGGCUUCCGUGGCGGGCACUACGCCAGACUUCCAUGCUUCCUUUUUUGACUCUAAGUCCGUGCCACCGCAAGGCAACACGACGUUCUCUGUGGUGUACCUCGGCAGGCGCGAGGGGCUCGUCACGGCGCAUCUCUAUAUACACACGUCGCUCGGUGUACAUAAGUAUCCGGUAUCGGCGAUCGGUGUAGCCAGCGAAUACGACGUGUGGCCGCUGAUUGGUCUGCGCGUGCCGGCGAACGCGUCCGUCGAGCCCGAGCUCACGUUAUACAAUCCUACCGAUAAAGUUAUACAGGUGAGCGAGGUGUACUCAUCGGGCGGGUGGCUAGGGCUGCGCCUCGCCGGCGGGGGCAACAGGGCUCCGCGCGACGUGUGGGCGGUGCCGCCGCGUGAGAGCCGCGCGCUCGUGCGUCUGCGCGUGUCGCCUGCGCACAAGCAGCCCCGUGCGGCGUAUGUGCGGAUAAAAGCGAACAUCCCUGGCGGCGGGCUGGUGGUGUGCGUGGAGGCGCGCGGCGCGGCGGCCGGCCCCCACGCGCGCCCGCUGCACCUGCGCCUGCGCCCGCACGGCGCGCACGAUCCCGAGCGCACGGUAUACGUGGAGGCAGCAAACAGCGCGAACGUCGCAGUGCGGGUCGACUCGUCGCUCGGCGCCGCGCGCUGCUGGCGCUCCGCCCCCGCGCCGCACGAGCCCUGCGCUGACACGCACACUGCUAACGGUGGUAUGGAGGUUCACAACGGGGCUCAUUUGACAGUACUGCGCUCGCACCUCGAGCCGUUUGAAGAGUUCACACGAGUCGCACGACUUACGCUUAACUACGCGGAGCUGUAUGCGCAAGCGCAGCAGAGGCAAAUUGAAAGUGACGACGAAACGCGGCAGAACGGGGACGACCCCAGUGGGCUGAGUGGGGACGAGUUGGGGCUGCUGGGGCAGAUGGGGCAGUGGGCGUGGUGCGGGGGCUGCGUGAGAGUGGGCAAAGCCACGGUGCCGUACAGUGUCAGUAUACUGCCGGGCACGCUGGCCUUCACGCCGAGUGCGAUAGACAUAGUCACAUCGGACAUUGAAAAUGCAGUGAAAGAACAAGAGAUACGCGCAGAGAAUCGGUUCGACGAGCCGCUACAGAUCACGGCCGUGCGCUUGCCAGAAGAGGCUAAACCUUAUUUUAGGAUAUCAGAUUUCAUACCGCUCACACUGCAACCGGGUGGCAUCGAAUCGUUAGUGCGUAUCAAACUACGCGAAAAGCCCCCAGAGGAGGUAACCCUGGACCUCGCGAUCGUGGUUCAUACAAACAUGUCACUGUACCACGUGCCUCUGCGGUUGUACAGCGGGAAGUUUAGAUUUGAAUGGGAGUGGCCCAAUUCAUCGGACGGUAACUUGAACCUGGGCGCCGUGGGCACGUCGACCACGUGGCGCGUGGGGCUGCGGAUUCACAACCCGGCGUGUGUUGAGAUGUGUAUCACGGACUUGGGGGCUACGCUGCCGGGCGCGUCAGCUACGCUUUCUAUUUCUGCACCGCAGUGCGUGCCGCCGCGUGGAUGGUCGCUGGCCGCGCUGCGCGUGGUGGCCCCGGCACGGGAGGGCGCCGUGGCGGGCUCCGUGCACGUGAGCAGCGGGCACGCACGCGCCACUGCGCCACUUGCGUUGCGCGCGCACGCCGGCCGCCUCACCGCUGCGCAGGCGCGUCCGCCGCCCGCCGCGCCGUACGCAGGCACGCGAGUGGCGCUAGUUGUGGAGAACUCGAUGUCGCUGUGGAUGCGCGUCACGGGCGUCACGUACGCGCAAGACAACACGCUGGAGACCCUCACUUUUAUCCCCAUAGAGGAGGCGGAGAUAGGCCCCGGGCGGCAGACGGUCGGCUACCUAUACUACGACCCGGAGCGGCUGUGCGAGCCCAACUGUUACACCGGCCUGCCGCUCGAUACUGCGGAUGGUGCCGCGUGGGCGGAGCGGGCCCGCAGCAACCGCGGCGCGGCGUGGGGUGGGGCGGUGCGGUCGGACGUGCGCGCGCUGCUGGCUCGCCUGCCGCGCUGGGCCGCUGCGCGCGCGCCGCGCAACUACUCGCUGUACCUGCACACUACACAGGUGGUGCAAACCCCCGUGGAGAUGAGGGUGGAGCACGCGUGGCCGCGGCUGGCGGCGUUCAGCGCGGUGGUGGAGGCGGAGGGCGGCGCGGGGCGGCGCGAGCGGCUGGGCGGCGCGGGGCUGGUGGCGGUGGGCGGGCGGGGCGCGCUGCGGCUGCGCGUGCGCAACCCCUGCCCCGAGCGCCGCCUGCUGCUGCACGCCGUGCUCGCGCCCACGCUCACCGACGCGCUGCCGCCUGAAGCUGGCGGUGAUUCGACAUGGUGCAAAACGGAAUCCUGCGUAUGGUCAGAUGCGUUCUCCAUCAAGGGUUGGAGGGUCAUAGCGGGCGGGGUGCGGCCCGUGGAAGAGAGAGGGGACGAUCGGGAUGAGUACGGGAGUGACAGGGACAACAGCACCCUCGGUCUGCCCGUGCUCGUGUUGGAGCCGUUCUCUGAAGUGGAUAUAGAGAUUGAGUUCGCGCCGAGACAAGCGGCGGCUUUGACUACGUACUUGUAUUUGAGAAAUAACUUGACGGUGGUGGAGGGUGUGCAGUUGUUCGGUGUAGGUGCAUUCCCGAGUUUCGAUAUAGGCGGUAGGAGACCUGGACCGUCGUCUAUUUUCCACUUUGAGGCGGAGGAGUGCGUUAUGGACGCGCGCACGGGCGUGGUGCGGCGGCGCGUGGUGGCGCGCAACACGGGGCGCGUGCGCGUGCGGCUCGGCGCCUGGGACAUCGCGCGGGCGGGCUGCCGCGCGCGGGGCUUCCGCCUGCAGCCCUGCGCGCCGCUCGACCUCGCGCCCAACCAGUCGCACGCGCUGCACCUGUCCUUCGCGCCCGACUUCACGCUCGCGCGCCACGCCGCCCGCCUGCGCCUGCACUCCGACCUGGGCCCCGUGGAGUACGCGCUGCUGGGCACGGUGCCGGCGCGCCUGCUGGCCCGCUGCGCGCCCGCCUACCCGCGCCACCCGUGGGACGCGCCGCUGCGCACCUUCGCCAGCACGCUCGCGUUCCUCGUGCUGGCCGUGCUGCUGUUCAGCGCCGUGUACGACUCGGAGCGGCUGCUGCGGCGCGCGCGCACCCCCCGCGCGCCCGCCCCCCGCGCGCCGCUCGACCUGCGGGAAGUGGCCGCGGACACAACGGCACCCCCUCCCCCCGCGCCCCGCGCCACGUCCCGCCGCCGCCGCCCCGCGCGCCGCACCGACCCCCGCGCGGAAAGACGGGCCUUCGAGCGCUGGCGUACAGAAGUACUGCGCCGAGCUGAUGAUGACUCCUCCCGCUCCAGCGAAGACCCAGAAACGGAAAGAACGUCCCCAGAAAGAAACGUCGAACCGAUAGUUGCGGAAACGAAAACGGAAGAAAAUGUCGAAGUGCAAUCUAGCGCUUCCGAAGAAUCGACCCCAGUAGACGAGCAAGAUAACGAUGAAGCUUACACGGCGGAUGGUGAAUUGGACGCUAGAGAUUCCCCAGAAGAGACAGUGACUGAACCCAAGAUCAGUCCGAUACGCGCGCAAUCCCCGCCCAAAGUUCCCGUUGAGAGAACGCGCCGCUCGCCUAACAACCGCCGUGAACGUUCCAGAAACGAUGAGACUGUCAAAAAGAAUACCACACGCCCGCACAUUAGAAAGGAAAAACGAAGACAGAGAGUUGUAACUCCUCCGCGUUCUCCUGCUGUUGUAAAAGAAGUAGAAGAAGUAGGGGAUGUUGGUGAAUCACGUGGUACAGUGAGAUGGGGGGCAUCAUGGAGUUCAGUAGUUGCUGGGCCUCCACUAGCGCCCAUAGGGUCAGAUGUUCGACGCCGGGAGCCAGACCAUACGGAUAACUCGCUGUUCUAUUACAAUGGGGCUCCGGAGCCUCCACGGCCAGAGACAGAGUUCAGCUGGAGACCAGCUAUUGGCACUCCUGAUAGAUCGCCGUUCACACCGUCUACUAGAGAGUUUCUUGACGAGACACCCACCUACAACACGCUCGGUUCCGUCUGGGGUGGUACAUGUGACGCGUGGGGCUGGGGCGGCGCCCCAGUGCGGCCGCCGCCGGGCUUCGCCCCACAACCGCGCCCCUAUGACCCGUUCCGCUCAUUAGCCUCCAUCUGGGCACCAGCGCCACACGACUGGACAGUCAACACCAACCGGAAUGAUGAAGAGCCGAAGAAUUAGAUGCUUUUGUGCGGUUAUAAUAUUGUUUUAUUAUAUGGAAGUAC